AUGAGCUUCUCCAAUUUUGGGUACCGAGUCGCUGCAUCGAUGAGAGCUUUUGACAUGUAUAAUACUAGAUGUUGGGUUCUUAGAUCUUCUCAGAUGAGAGCUGAGCUGACGACCAAGUUGGACACUACCAAGUACACGAACAAGUCUUCCUUAGGAACUGGCUUUAAGAGUAGCGGACGUGAAGUGAAUUAA